ACGUUCAGAUGAAACUGAUAUGGUAGGAAUUGUCAAAUACUUACAUGUAACUUGUGAAAGAAUUGGGUAUAGGGAUAGGAAUCGAUUCUCAACCGAAAAUCGAUUCUCGAGCACAUUUUACGAUGAUGAUGACGACAGCGGCGACGAUGUCAUGACUGGUCUUUGGUUUUUUUCAUUGCAUGUUGAUUUUUCAUUUUUCACUGGAAUAAUUGAAGUUGUACUUUGA